AUGGCUUUGAAAGUGCAAGAUGUACACAUUAAGAAAACUUUUGCAUCCAGAGAGGAGUCUCUGAAGGAAAUGGACAGUCUAAGGGAAAUACUGGAACAGCAUCCUCUUCAUUUUUCUUUCCGUGAUGGGAAAGUACUGAAGCUCUGUCCUGUGAGGAGUGAACAGACCUGGGCACUGAAUAUCAAGCGAGGCAUUCUCAGUGUCCUGCAGACAGUACAAGAAUUCCCUGCUGGUGCAGUUGUUGAGGAGGUGGAUGUCUUGGGAAUAUGCCCAACCAAGUAUCAGCGAAAGGGUCCCAUUCUUGUAAAGACAAGGGACUUAAACCUCUGCUCCCAUCGCUCUUCUGGUUUGACUUCUGUGCAGUCUGUUGUUCUUCCUCAUGUGUCAUCUGAGCAGCAGAUCCUGUCCUCCCAGCUGGAAUGUGUCCAGAGCAUUAGGGACGGGGUCUUGGAGGAGGCCAAAUGCACCGAGUCCGACCGCGUGACGCUGUUCCCUCAGCAGGGCAGUGGGGCAGAGACACAGACACAGUCUGCACUCAAACUCCUGCACGUGGAGACAGAGACUCUCUACAGCAAAAGUAACUAUGUUUCUGCUAAAGUAAAGUAA